GGGAUAGGGUGUGGGAGAGGGGAGUGGGCAGAGAGAGUUGGGGGUAGAUAUGAUCAAUAUAUAGUUUGCAUUAUGAAAUUGUCAUAGAGUAAAAGGUAUUUUAUCUAAAGUUCACUAAAUGAGACACAUACCCUUUUCUUUAAUUAAAGCAAAUAAUUUUCUUUGUAAAAAAAGUGUUCAUUUUCCCUUAUUUUUAUUCUAUUAAUAUUAUUAAUUUGGAAACAGAGCUAGAAUGUACCUGUACUAUUAGUAUUCUUAUUUAUGAUUUUUCUUAUUAUUUAUUUAAUUUUGAAGCAAUGGUAUUUGAAAUAAGUUGAUACUGGAAUUGAUAUUUAAGAACAGUAUUCUUUUCAAACAUCAGUCGUAUGGAGUAUUCAAAAAAUAAGAUGGGAAGGAGAUAAUUGUUUAGAAAGAGUAAGGGGGAAAACUGCCUGAAUUUUCUUGAAAGCGCACAGGCUGCGAGCAUAGCAAUAGCGAGACCACUCCGAGGAUCUCAGAUACAUUGUAGCCAUGUAGCUGCUCCUUAGUAUCCCCUUUCUGUUGGUUAAUUCUGAAUGCUACUCCAGCCUUCCCGAGUGAGUUUGCAGGCGAUAAGCGCAGGGAGGGAUUUCUUGCUAGGGGCAAUUUAGGUCAUGGCAUGAGCCGAUUAUUAAUAUUGUACCGUGGCCCUAUUUUCUUGUAAAAGGACCCCCAAACGGAAGGAAAUUAGUCUGUCUCUGUCUCUCUGUGUGUCUCUGCCUGUCUGCUUGCCUCUCUCCUCUCUGUCUGUCUCUGUCUCUCAUUCUCUUCGAGGGUGGAGUGUGCCCUCCUCUUAUUACUCUGUAGGCGCCCUAGAGGGUCACACUGUAAUGUGGGCCGGUCCCUUUGGCAUUUGGAUAAAGCUGAGGUGAUCUUUGUAGGAGGUUGCUAUGACAAUUUGCAAACAGCAGAGCCCACAGAACAGCAGGAGGUAGCUCCCUCUGGACUGAAGUCUGCUCUAGCUGGGGCCAGCACUCUCGGGGACCUGGGGACAGACACAAUGAACAGGACAGUAAAAAAUGGACCCGGGACUCCAGGAGCACUUCAGAAAUUAGGCACCUCCCAGGAAGGAAGUGCAUGCCUGGAUGCGGUCCAACUUUCUUCCCUAUCUGCUGGGAUUUUUUGAAGCUUUCCCUCCACACCUGGCUGUCCAAGUGGACAAAGGUGCACAAGUGUGCCACGCGCGACAAAGCAUAAGGUGUGCGACGACAGAGAAGAAAAUUUUUGUUCUUUCUGGGAAACAGAGGCUAUAGACCACAAAUGAAAAGGGCGGGGAAAUUCUCCACGUGUCUGGGAAGGGAAAGGGAAAAGGAAUCUUUUCCUCCGAGGAUGUGAGGAAUCAGAGGUGUCGCACCAGUGCAGCAGAGAGCUGAAAGGAAGGUGUGUCUGUCUCAGUGGCCGCGCCGCGCCGGGGAAAGGCUUGGAGUUGUAAGGAAAUGGGAGGUGUCUCUGAUGUUUAUUUUUGCCUAGCAACCCACAGCCAACUGCUACCUCAGCUGCGGUCCACAGGCGCCUGUCUGCCUCCCCUUGUCCUAGCGACUGGAGGGCAGCGGUCACUCGGUGUCAGUGAAUCAGGGAGGGCGUGCGUGGCUGAAAUGAAGGUGGAAGGGCAGCCCCUUCCUUCGUCCAUGCUUGGGUCACCAGGCUCAGCCGCAGUCCCUCCUCGGAGCCUGACUUUCCGAGGCCGAGGAGGGGACACCGCCGUUCGCCAGCUUCAGGCUUCCCCGGGGAUCGGCGCGGGGGCUCCCCGAAGCGGAGUGGGGACCGGCCCGCCCUCCCCCAUCGCCCUGCCGCCUCUCCGGGCCAGCAACGCUACCACUACAGCCCACACGAUUGGCGGCAGUAAGCACACCAUGAAUGACCACCUCCACCUCAACAGCCACGGACAGAUCCAGGUUCAGCAGCUGUUCGAGGAUAAUAGUAACAAAAGGACAGUGCUCACAACACAGCCCAAUGGGCUUACGACGGUGGGCAAGACAGGCUUGCCUGGGGUGCCCGAGCGGCAGCUGGAGAGCAUUCACCGACGGCAGGGCAGCUCCACCUCUCUGAAGUCCAUGGAAGGCAUGGGGAAGGUAAAAGCCUCCCCCAUGACGCCCGAACAAGCGAUGAAGCAAUACAUGCAAAAACUCACAGCCUUCGAACACCAUGAGAUUUUUAGCUACCCUGAAAUAUACUUCUUGGGUCCAAAUGCAAAGAAACGCCAAGGCAUGACCGGUGGACCCAACAAUGGUGGUUAUGACGACGACCAGGGAUCGUACGUGCAGGUGCCCCAUGAUCACGUGGCUUACAGGUACGAGGUCCUCAAGGUCAUCGGGAAGGGGAGCUUUGGGCAGGUGGUCAAGGCCUAUGACCACAAAGUCCACCAGCACGUGGCCCUGAAGAUGGUGCGGAACGAGAAGCGCUUCCACAGGCAGGCGGCCGAGGAGAUCCGGAUCUUGGAACACCUACGGAAGCAGGACAAGGACAACACUAUGAACGUCAUCCACAUGCUGGAGAACUUCACCUUCCGCAACCACAUCUGCAUGACGUUCGAGUUGCUGAGCAUGAACCUCUAUGAGCUCAUCAAGAAGAAUAAGUUCCAGGGCUUCAGCCUGCCUCUGGUGCGCAAGUUUGCCCACUCCAUUCUGCAGUGCUUGGAUGCUUUGCACAAGAACAGAAUAAUCCACUGUGACCUUAAGCCCGAGAACAUUUUGUUAAAGCAGCAGGGUCGAAGCAGUAUUAAAGUGAUUGACUUUGGCUCCAGUUGUUACGAGCACCAACGCGUCUACACGUACAUCCAGUCACGCUUUUACCGGGCUCCGGAAGUGAUCCUCGGAGCCAGGUAUGGCAUGCCCAUAGACAUGUGGAGCCUGGGUUGCAUCCUCGCGGAACUCCUGACGGGUUACCCCCUCUUGCCUGGGGAGGAUGAAGGGGACCAGCUGGCUUGUAUGAUCGAGCUUUUGGGCAUGCCCUCUCAGAAACUCCUGGAUGCUUCCAAACGAGCCAAAAAUUUCGUGAGCUCCAAGGGUUACCCCCGAUACUGCACAGUUACGACUCUUUCAGAUGGCUCUGUGGUCCUCAACGGGGGCCGAUCCCGGAGAGGGAAACUAAGGGGUCCGCCAGAGAGCAGAGAGUGGGGGAACGCACUGAAGGGAUGCGAUGACCCUCUUUUCCUUGACUUCUUAAAACAGUGUUUGGAGUGGGAUCCCGCGGUCCGCAUGACCCCGGGCCAGGCUUUGCGGCACCCGUGGCUUAGGAGGCGCUUGCCAAAGCCUCCGACCGGAGAGAAGACAGCGGUGAAGAGGGUCACAGAGAGUACUGGUGCUAUCACCUCCAUUUCCAAGUUACCUCCACCCUCCAGUUCAGCUUCCAAGCUGAGGACUAACUUGGCACAGAUGACAGAUGCCAAUGGGAAUAUUCAGCAGAGGACAGUGUUGCCGAAACUCGUUAGCUGAGCUCCAGUCCCCCUGAUGCUGGCAAUCUGAAGAGAGAGAGAGAGAGAGAGAACCGCGUUAUAGCUGAGCCUUACUGGGUUGAAAAAGUGUAGCUCAGACCUGUUUUUAUUUGCUCAAUAACUCGACUCAUUUGUAUCUUUUCAGCACUUGAUGUAAGACUGUUUUGUUUUUAUAAAAUACAUGGGGACAAUGCUUUAAGUUUUUAUACUUUCUGAAACUGUUUUUGUUUUUGGUUUUUGUUUUUUUGUUUGUUUUCCUUCCUUGUGUUUCUAAAAGUACGAUGAGCCUUACUGUAUUUAGUGUGGCAGAGAAAUCACAUUGGUGGCAGGCCAUUGAUUCUUCAUGACUGUCACACAUUUACAGAUUGGUCAAACACAUUCACUCUGUUUUCGUGGUUUUCGUCCCACUCCCCAGGGAGGUGGUCCCCUGAGGCCCCCCUCCUCUCUCCUGGCUCCAGGUUCACACGGAAGCAGCCCGCCUUGCCUCCAUUUUUCAUAAAUUAAUCUGGGUCAGAGUGGAGGAGGGAGAAGGGGGGCCGGGGUGAAAAAUCUCUAAGGAAAACUGCACUUUCGAGAUUUUCUUUUUUUCCUCACGGUCUGUUCAAAUGAUUACAAAAUAGGAUUGCCCGCUUUCAACUGCCCACUUAACAUUCUGAUGUGCUUAAGCCACCGAGCCGCAUUUAGUGGAUAAGUGGAAACUGAGAUGUGUCCGUUCCUCCCGAGGCACUAGGAUGAUGGCGGGCUGUCAUAAUCAGGAAGCCUUCUGGUUACGGAAUUGCUUUUGCACCUAAUUUUAAGGACUCCCCCUCCCCCACAGUGUUCCCUGCUGCCUUUUCUCUUGUUCGCUCCUCUUCCACCACACACAUCUGUUGCCUGCGUUUAGUCUGUCUUUUUUGUCCAUCCCAGACCAAUAACACAGAGAGACAUUUCAGCUGCCAUUCUGUCUACAGUUUUGUACCCCAAAAGAACAUCGGCCUAGCUACCUGAGGUGGGGAUUUGCGUAGUUCCAAAGAAGAGUUAGCCGCCUAGACUGGAGUCAGUUCACACUGCAGGUGCCACAGAGGUUCCCUUAGCCUGGGGAAGCAUCAACUCUUUCGUUAGAAAGAAUAGGGGUUGCAAAGGGAGGAGAAAUUCCAAUGUCAAGUUAAAUGGCCUGACUUAUUCUCUGAUUCACUAGAAGAGCCCCAGGAAAAACACUAUUCCUCUGUUGAGUUGACUUUUUCUUUUGAAUCGCACUGAGUGUUUUUGUGGGGAAUGACGCUUUACCUGAGAGAGUAACUGAGAGUUAGGUAAAAGAAUAUUUUCUUCUCUGAAUAAUAAUUAUUUUCACAGUGAAAAUUUCAGUAUUUUAUCACUAAUGUAUGAACAGUGAUAUAUAUCAAUUUCAAGGCACGUGGAAAGAAUUUUUUAGUAUGUGCAAUUUAAUAGAGAAAGAUUUCUGCCUGUUUGGACAAUAGGUUUUGGAUAGUAAAAAUUAGGAUAAAUAAUCUUUUAUAUGCACAGAUAUUAUUGUAUUGCCUGUAAAUCGAUUUACAAGUACUUAAAGCACGGUCCCCAGCGAGGCCAAGAAAGUUUCCGGUUAAGUUUUUUUAAUUCUAUGUUUUCUCUUACUUAAAAAAAAAAGAAAAAAAAAGAAAAAAAUAGAAAGUGUCAUUUUGAAUAAAACAUUUUUCUUAUCUUGAGGCUUUGCCAGUUGAUGGUGGAAAAAUAUGCUCAGGAAUUAUUUCAAAUAUUUGCCAAAAAUCAGUAAUAAGAUUAGCUUAUUAAUAAGUUAGUAAUAUCGAUGUUUGCUUUACUAUUUAAGGAUGUCAUUGAUAAAUUAAUUUGUACCCCUGUACUUAGCAAUUAUAGCUUAUUUCCCCUAGUCAAACUCUUUAGCAUACUAUACACAGUUCUGUGUAAUCUGUGAAGUGCAAUAAUAUGUCAAUAAGUUACAUAAAGAUGCCCAUGUGACAGCACCCCCAAUCAGUGGCUUAGAGGGCUUAAAAAUGCUGUAUUUAUUUUUAAAACUUUGGCUUAAAGGCAUAAGAAGUAUAAAGAGUCGGUCUGGGGACUUUAUAAAGCUAUGAGCCUCUUAACGAUGGUUAUUGUCUUUAGGUCAUUAAAAUAAAUUUUUAAAAAUGGACACUAUUUCCCCUCCCCGCCAGGCUCCCUUCUUCUGUUCUCACUUGGUUGCUGCCUGAGCCUGAGUCUAAGGUUACUCACUCCCCUAGAACCUCACUGUACUUGCAACAGUUUAGAAGUGGACUAAGAUGGUUUGCCUUUCCCCCACCACACAAAACUGGUUCUUCGUAGAUGCCAGCGGAACUUUUGUGAGGAGCUUUACCCAUAUAUGGAACCAUCAUGUGCUACAAGGCUUUUGUUUCCUUCUCUCCCCCCACCCUCCUCCCGGGACUACAGUGAAAUUUCCUUUAUUCACAAAAACCGUGUCAGCAUUUACUGAUACCGCUGCUUUGAGGAGAAUCUUAUUUAACUAUUGUGUCUAAAAUGAAACUGUUGCCUCUUCAUGAUCUUCACCUAAGUAAAGGGCUCUGAUAGCGACUAGGAGUUGGCUUGGAAACAGGUCUCACAGGUUACCAUUGUCUAGGGAUGUCUCAGCUGUUUUCAGAUUUAGGAAUAGCACAGUGUAGUCUUGUCUUUGGUUGCAGUCUCACUUGGCUCUGUUUCUUGCACUACCAGAGUGUUCUUAGCACAACCGUGGAACACGGAGGGACGCAGGGCAGCAUAGAUUAACAUCGUAGAGGAGAAAUUGUGCCCUUAGUGUUAAUAAUGUGCCUUUUGUUCUGAAUGCCAUGUUACAGGGCAUGCAUUUUUGGCCUCUUUAACUCUUUGAAUGAGAGGUAGUAAAGAGGGAUGCCACCUCUGCGGAGAUAACAUCUGUCUUAAAUAUCUAGAUUUAUAGGCCUUAAUAGAAACCAUAAGGCGUGAAUUGUCACUGGAUGCUGAGCAAGAUAACUAUUGGUUAGUUACGCCAGGAAUUCCCACGUUUAAGAGGUUAAAGAUGGUCUUUGUUGUAUCUUAACAUCAGACUGAUUUUUUAACGAUAACUUUUUUGUUGUUAUGCUAACACUAGACAAAAAAAAAUCAACUGUAUUUGUAAAAAUUUACCUCAAACCAUUUAAUUUUAUAGUGUGAUUGGUUAAUCCCAGGGCAUUUGGUAUGAACCAAAGUGCAUUCCUUUUUUUUAUGUGCCUGGCUCCAGUAAGGAUGGCCAGGGAUUUUUACAAUUUGGGUGCAUGACACUUAAGCCACUUUUAAACUUACUGGGCGGUGUGGGGUCCUGUUAGACGACUCCAUCAGAAUGUCAGAAAACACUUUAGGCAUCAGUAGCAUUGGGCCAUAUUGGAAUCUUAAAAGCGCGAAUUAUUUUAAAAGAGAACAUUCAUUUUUUGUAAUUUUUUUCAUCAAGACUAUUUCUGGUAACAGAAGAUUUUUUUUAAAAUAAAAAAUAAUAAUAAAAAAAAUCAACGGAUUCGGUUGGUAAAGGUUUUAAUAUUGCCCAACAUAAUGCUGUGGUAGCAUUAAAAAAAAAGUAUUUGUGGACUCUGUUUUUAGGGGCUUGUACAUCUCUCUGCUAUGGACAUAUAUACGAUACAUUGUAAUUAUAUCAGCUCAACUGCUGCAGUUAUGUCUAGGCGGGGGCUUGGGUUUUUUAUCGAGCAACACCUUAGACACGUGACUGUAUUAAUGCUGCAACUGUGUGUACUGAAAAUAUGUGAAAUGGUUGAAUGUGGACUGUGUAUAUAUGUAUGUACAGAUUUCUGUGAGAUGCUGCUGUUGCCACUUGACAUGGGAAGUGUUGUAGUGGGUCUGAACCCUAGCGACCAGUUCUAUGAUACUGUAUGCAUUGUACAGCCAGAGCAGAAGUAAGACUGUUUAGUGAAUUAUUUGUUAAAUUUUAUUGUUGUGGCCAGAGAUAAUUUCAGAAUAAAAUUUUAAUGUCCUACCUUA